UCUCAUCCUCCACCGGCUCCAAGAGCUCAUCACCAUCCAUCAACACUCUUCAAUCCCCCCCUUCCCGCUACUCUAAGAUUUCUCACACUUAUCUUAACUACCGCUCCAGGGAGCACACGCCUACAACCAUACCUUCAACAUGAACCUUUCAUUACUCGACCCGUUCACCCUUGCCCAGGACUAUCCUGAGUCCCUCUCAUCGGAGCUCCGAUCGGGCCAUUCAACUUGUGUUCGAUUCAACCGUAAAGGAGAUCUUAUUGCCUCCGGAAGGCUAGAUGGCACAGUAGUCCUCUUUGACGUCGAGACAAAUGGCCUUGCCCGCUACCUCCGUGGCCAUGUUCGCGGAAUUCAAUCCCUCAGUUGGUCUCAGGACGGCAUUUUUCUCGCCAGUGCUUCACAAGAUUUCAAAGUAAUUAUUUGGGAUCUUUCAAAACAGGGAGAGGGGGCAUCACGAACCAUACGUUUUCCUGCUCCGGUCUACUGCGCUGAACUUCACCCGAAAAACCCGAACAUUUUUGUUUGCGCCCUAUUCGAAGAUUCACCUUACCUUGUAGAUAUAUCCGACCAUGUGCCGAGAAAAUACCAGCUUACAAGUGCACCCAAGCGACCGCUACAGCCGGGCGCAGAGGAAGGAGAAAUUGAUGAAAAGCGGGCUGCAGCUGAUGCAAAACAAAUGACUACCGCAUCUGUAUUCACUGCUACUGGUGACCAUAUUAUUACUGGAUCCAACAAAGGCUGGGUGAAUGUGAUCUCCACCACAACGAAGGAGAUGAUUCAUUCCACCCGGGUCACCUCUGGCUGUAUUACUUACAUUAGGCUCACAAUGUCUGGUAGAAACAUGGUCGUAAAUGCUAAUGAUCGGGUCUUGAGGUCCAUCAAUAUCCCAGAUAAUCUUAAAGAGGGUGUUGAUGGUAACGACGUUCGACUUAUCGUAGAGCACAAGUUUCAAGAUGUCGUCAACAGGCUGCUAUGGAAUCACUGCACCUUUUCUGGAAACGGCGACUACCUGACUGCCACAACUUUUAAAAACCAUGACAUCUACAUCUGGGAAAGAAGCAUUGGUGUUCUCGUCAAAAUCUUAGAAGGCCCAAAAGAAGAACUGGGCACAGUAGAGUGGCAUCCAACCCGCCCCCUCAUCGCCGCGACUGGUCUCGAGAGCGGCAAAAUCUUCAUCUGGGCAACAUCCAAUCCCCAACGCUGGUCAGCCCUAGCCCCGGACUUCCGCGAACUAGAAGAAAAUAUUGAAUACCAAGAACGCGAGGACGAGUUCGAUAUACAUCUAAAAUGGGACCUCACGAAACGCAAGCUACAUCAGGAAAAUGAAAUCGUAGACGCGGUGACCAUCGAACGGGCGAGAGGUGAAGUCGAAGAUGGGUGGAAUAUGCCAGUCGUGUUGGACCUCGAAGAUACCGAGAGCGAGUCCGAUUCCCCGCCUCCUUCCGGGCCGGGAGAGCGGAAGAGAAAGAGUCCCGUGCCUUCGAAGGCGAAUGGGAAUAAUGCAGGUGCUAAUGGGAAUGGCACGGGCACUACGAGGUCGAAGAGACGGAGGGCUGAUUAG